AUGGUAGAUGCACAGUUUGUUCAUUGUAAAGUGGAAGAACAAACUAGUCAGAAGAAAUGGCUUUUCACUAUUGUAUGUGCUUAUAAUGAAUUGAACUCAACGCAGCAGUUAUGGGAGAAGCUUAUGGGUAUAGGUUCUAAUAUCACAGGUGACUUGUUAAUUAGUGGUGACUUUAACAAUGUUUUACAAUCAGAGGAUAGGAUUGGUGCUCCUAUAACAAUGGCAGAGGUACAAGGAUUUAAAGAGUUCUUGGAUAAAAUGCAGCUCACUCCCUUGAAAAGCACAUGUUGGUAUUAUACGUGGUGCAAUAAAAUGGAUGAAAAUGUAAGGGUAUAUAGCAAGAUAGAUUGGGAUUUUGGGAAUUUCAGUUGGAUGAUGAACAAUGGGCACGUUGAGGCAGAAUUUUUGAACCCUAGUGUAUCUGAUCACUCUCCUAUACUCAUGAAUUGCCAGACUGCGGAAGAAGUAUGGGUGCAGAAUGAUAGAGAUAUUGGGAAGGAAAGGACAUGGCAUAAGCUUAGAAGACUGAAGGAGGCAUUGAGAGACCUAAACAACUACAUGGCACCUUAUCAGAGAAAACUGAAACAAGCAAAGUGGAAGUUAGAACUGGUUCAGCAUCAACUAUCUUUGAGCCUUUUAAAACAAGAAUACAUAGAACAAGAAAAUGAAGCUUUGUUAGAAGUGGAGAAAUGGAGUGACAUUGAGGAGAAGGUGUUGAGGCAGAAGUUUAGAGCUAUUUGGAUCCAACAUGGAGAUCCAAAUACCAAGUACUUCCAUGCAUAG